AUGACUGCAGUGGAUAGCAGUGAGGACUUCAAGCAGAAUGUGGCUAUUGUAAUCGACCCAGGAUCAGGGUCCAUCAAAGCUGGCUUCUCUGGAGAUGAGAAGCCCCAUAAAGUUCUGAGGUCAGUGGUUGGAUUGUCCAAAAAGGACCAAACUGAAUGUUAUUUUGGAAACAACAUUCCCAAGGACUCAGAUGAUCUCAUUCUCAAGAGGCCCAUCACCAGUGGAAUGAUAAGUGACUGGGAUUCCCUGGAGAAGCUGUGGAGCCAUGUGCUCUAUGAGGAGCUCCAAGUCUGCCCUGAAGAGCAUGGCAUCCUGAUGACUGACCCAGCCUUCUCUCCCAUCUCCAACCGAGAGAAGACAGCUGAACUCCUGUUUGAAGGGUUUGGGGCCCCAGCGAUGUAUGUUGGUUACCAGCCUGUGCUGUCCAUGUAUUCUUAUGGACUGGUUACUGGUCUAGUGGUGGACUCUGGGGCUGGCUGCACCUCUGUCUCUCCAGUGUGCAAUGGCUACUGCUUACCACAUGCCACAUUUCACAUGGACCUGGCUGGAAAGGGUGUGUCUGACUAUCUGAGCAAACUACUGGCCGAUGUUGGACAUGGGAGUGCUCUCCAGCAAAAGUCCUCUGUGCAAGAGAUGAAGAAGCAGAGUUGCUACGUCUCCCAGCUGAGUUCUGAGGACAAAGGAACACCUCUGGACUAUCAACUCCCCGAUGGCACCACCAUUACCCUGUGCGACGAGCGCUUCCGUGGCCCUGAGAUCCUAUUCUGUCCAUCCAACGCAGGAAUGUCACAGCCCGGAGUUCACAUCCUGGCCAUGAACAGCUUGCAGAAGUGCGCCCCCGAGUGGCAGACGGCCUUGAUGGCCAAUGUGGCCUUGUGUGGCGGCUCCUCGAUGUUCAGUGGUUUCCCGGAGCGGCUCCAGGCAGAGAUGGAGAAACUGGCCCCGAGGGACUCCAUGAUCGGAAUGCUAUCUGGGGCCCACAGGGAGUUUGCCUCCUGGGUGGGGGGCUCCAUCAUCACCUGCCUCAGCAGCUUCCAGCCCAUGUGGGUGAAGGGGCAGGAGUACCAGGAGGAGGGCUCCAGUGUGGUGCGCAAUAAAUGCUAUUAG